AAAAUGCUUUGUUAUGAAAAUCUAAAAAAGCAUAGCUCUAUGGCGUAAUGAAAACGAAAAAUUGUUGAAUUUUUUAAAUCGAUACAGUCCUUUCAGUCGGAGCCUGUAUCAACAAGCGGUAGCAUGUGGCGGCUGGUGGGCUUGUUGCUCGCCGUCUCUCUCUUGCAUGUACAAGGGAAGAUUGAGAGUGAGCAGGACAUCGGCGAUUCUGGGGACCAGGACUUCGACGAUAGUAACGAGAAGAUCGGGCCAGUCGUGACGCAGGUAUUCCAGCACCCGUACGCGGCGUCGCUACUCAAAAACAACACCUACCUCUGCAGCGCCGUCAUACUGAACACCUAUUGGCUGCUUACUUCCUCCAAGUGCUUCGAUCCGAACGUGAUAGCAUCAUAUGUCACAUACAAGAACCUAAACCACUACGCAGUGAGAGUGGGCAGCUCGUUCAACAACAAUGGCGGGGAUAUUAGCACGAUUAAAAUGCUGAUCACAAACUUUGAUCGUCGCGUGUCGGCCAUCAAGCUGACAGGACCUCUCGACUUCAGCUCCAGAGUCAACGCUGUCAAGCUGCCUAACCCUGAUGAGGAAGUGUCUUUGGGUUACCUCGCCUCUGCUAUAGCCUGGACCCCUAACUUUCACCUUCGCCUAGUGAACAUGCCUCUGAUAGACCCAACGCUUUGCGAGCCGUACACCAAGAUGCUGCCCGGUCACUAUAUAUGUGUUGGAGGAGUGGAAGACCCGAAUAGACAUUUCUGUAGAAAAGACAACGGCGGAGCUGUAGUGCAAAACGACACACUAGUUGGCAUUUCAACCUUUCUCCACACUUGCGCAGUGUACAGCAAAAUCCACGCUUUUCCCAAAGUCUCCGGCUUCGCCCGAUGGAUAGACUCCAUAAUUUGGGACGAGGACAACCGUCCCACGACGCCAUCUACCACCGAAGCCACCACAACAGCUGUAAAGAACGUGACCGAAAUACCUGAAGACCGCAACACAGUUUUCAUGGACCCCAGACAAUUCAUGCUAACCUUGCCCUACGACCCUAUCAAUGUGCCACUCGAACCAGCUGAAGAUAAUUCCGUUAUACCAAGAAUGAGUCUUUACGAGUCGUAUUUACAAAGCAAAAUUUCAAAAUCGACCACGACCACGGGGAACCCUAAAGAUCUGAAAAAGAAGCGGCCACAGGCUGUGAGGAAAGUGCCCAUGUUUCAGAUGAAGAGAUAUAAUAACUAUGAUUAUACAUAAGAAUUAGGUACGUGCGUGUUAUGAACCCUUUCUACUAAAUAUAAAUGCGAAUGUUUGGAAGUGUAUUGCUGAAUCACGCAAAAUCUAUUGGAUAGAAUUCUAUGAAAUAUGGUGCACGGGUAGCACAUAAGGUACUUUUAUAUCUUCCCAAAAUGAUUACGUGAGUCCAGAGCACAAUUAUAUAUACAAAAAAUCUUGAGUUAUUUUAUGUCGUUAUAAGUAUUCUAAAAGGUGGAAAUAAAGUCAAACUGCCUUUAAUGUUUUUGUGAAUAUAAAAAUGUCAAUUUGGGUAUAAUUGUCGAUUUGUGACUUAGAAAAGUACUUAGUCGUUAUUAUAACCAUGUCAGCCUUUUUUUGCCCUGCUGGGUAUAGGCUUCUCUUCUCGUUCACCUUCUUUUGUGCUGAUCUUAUCCAAGAAAAUAUAAUGAACUUUUAUUAUUAGCUCAGUAAUAACUCACUUUAAUAGUGUACGAUAGAGCUUGCAAAUCUGAAUAUUUUAUAAAAUAUUUCAUAAAUAUAUUUCAGAGACAGCUGAACAUCUCAUUCGCCAAACAUCCAUUUCGCAAGAUGUCCCUUCGUCGUAAAAUGUAUCAUUGUCAUAAUCGUUUUUGGACAAUAUCUCUUCCGCAAAAUGUCGCGAGAGAAUAAAAUUUCUAGUUUUCAAAAUGCUACUGAUUCUACAAAAUUGUCUUCUAAUAUCCUCACUUGAGCUUUGAGCAAAAACGAUGAAUUACGGAAAAAUUGUUUUAUCAUUGGGAUUUCUAGGACCACUAGGACAUUUUGAGAAAUUGACGUUUAAGGGUGAUCAACCACAAGUCGUACAUAGAUAGGAUUAGCACAGCGUAGUAGAUACAAAUAGUUUAUGUGUUAUCUAUAAUGUAGGUAAUAAAUUAGCUAUAUGUUAAUUUACUUUGUACAAAAUAAGAAAUUGAAGACUAGAUAUAUAAUUAAUUUCGUAAAGAGAUUAGGUGCAAUGAAAUUAUAUUGUACUUCAAUACCCUAUUUUAAGUACAAACAUUAUCUAUGUUACAAUAAUAAUUAACAUACAUAAAUGAAUAAAAUAAUUAUAAAUUUAAAAAUAA